UUAUAUACUCGCUGUUUUUCUUCCCCAUUUGUCUCUCACUUGAAGCCGUGAACUGCGACUCCAAACACCUCUCCGCCGUCUCCACUCUCGUCGUAUAGAGAACCGGUUGAGCCGCACAAGGGGCUGAAGAGAGAAAAAAAAAAUGCCUCUUUAUGAUUGUAUGCUUUUGUUGAAGCCCCAUGUGAAGAAAGAGGCAAUGAUGGACUUGGUUGCCCGAGUGGGAAAACACGUUUACAGAAGAAAUGGGGUUCUCGCUGAUAUAAAGUCCUUUGGCACCGUUCAGUUGGGUUAUGGUAUUAAAAAGCUUGAUGGGAGAUACUACCAGGGCCAACUGAUGCAGAUGACAAUGAUGGCUACGCCGAACAUCAACAAAGAGCUGCAUUACCUGAACAAGGAAGACAGACUGCUGCGUUGGCUUUUGGUUAAACACCGGGACACAAAAUAUGGGCGGGAAUUUAUUAGUGAAGAUGAUGGGUUGGGCGAGCUUAGUAAACUGACUCGGAGCAGCUUAUUUGAUGAGGCCAGUGAUGAGGAUGAUGAAGAUGAAGACGAUGACGAUGAAUAUGAGGUGGACCAAGAGGGAAAUAAAGACAACUGAAGGUAUCGGAAUUCCUUAUUUUUGUGCACUUUAAGCAAGGCCAAUUCGUUGGCAUUUUGUUUGAACUUCUUUGAGAUGUCUAUUAUGUUGGGGCAUUUUGCUUGUCAAAAUGUAUAAGAUCCGUGGUGUACACGGUGUCAUGUCAUUUAAAAAUUUUAAAUGAUAUGGUAACUUGUGCCAUUAAAAUUGUAAAAUCUAACAUGGGUCAUAAAAUGAAUUCUCUUAGUU